UCUCCUUUCUCUUUCCCUGCAAAAACCCUAGCGACUGAAAGCCUCACACUCUCUUUCGCUCUUUCUACACUCGACCCCACCGCUCUUACCAUGCUCCCGCACUCCUACGUCGUCGAUACCCAUUCCAAAUCCCAAGAGCUAGCCUGCACCAUCCUCGCCUCCUCCGCCCCGCACCAGAUCUCCUCCACCUGCGCCUCCAUCGAGUCCUUCCUGCACUCCCUCUCACCCGACCAAACCCGCCAUUUCUUCUCCCUCACCUUCCCCACCCUCAUCUGCAAGCUCUUCGGCUUCGACGACGCCGCUUCGUCAUCACCACCGCCACCAUCACAGCACCAACAGGCCUCACCCUCCUCCCCGUCUUCCUCAUCCAACGGCUGGAUCGACACCAUCCUCGCAUCCAACGAUGUAGACCUAGCCAACAGGCUCUUCGCCCUCCUCGCCCCCAGCAGCCUCCUCUUCAAUUAUAUCUCCGCCGUCGACCGCCUCUCCCUCGUCAAAUACGUGUUCCCCAUCGAACGGUUGCCAGAAUGGGUCCGAUUCAUGCUCUCCUCUGAAAAUUACAGCCCGGUAUUAUCUGAUUUGGACCCAAUUUUUAAAAAUAGGGUUAAGGAAGACCCAAUUAAGCCUAACUUGUGUCAAGUUCAGCUCAAUGUGUUUGAAUAUUACAUGUUUUGGUUCGCUUAUUACCCUGUUUGUCGCGGCAAUAGUGAAAAUUGUGACAGUGGUUCGAUAAAAAGGAACAAAAGGUUUAAAUUUGAGAAUUGGGUUUCGUCAAUUUCGGGUUUUUCAGGCACUAGGCGUGGGGUAGAGGUUAAAAUUGAGUGUAAUCUAUAUGUUAGGCUUUUAUAUGCGUAUCUUCGUGCAUUUGUGGGCGUGACUGAUUUGAAUCAACACCUUCCAUACCGAAGUUCGCUAUUGCAUUACGCUUCAGGAUAUGAUAGCUCGGUUGUAGCUCAGGCAGAGCUUUUUGUAAAUGCUUUGGUAAACUUUUGGUUGGUUGAUAACGAUUUUUCACCAUUACCUGUUAAUCAGUGCAAGUCAUUUGGGGUUUCGUUUCCAUUCCGGUCAGUUUUGGGUGAGACCCCACCAACCCCUGGGUUAGGAGAGGUGGUGAAGUUGCUUGUUAAGUAUUUGAAUCUGGGUUUGGUCGUACUCAGAGAUGGGAAUGAGAAUGUGGAACCCUGUGGGAGUCCGAGGUGGAGAGUGUCGGGUUCAUAUGACACCUUGAAGUCAAGGGAUGUAAUGGCGGUUUCACCCUGUAUUGGGUCUUGGCACUUGUUGAUACAGCGGCCGCUGUACAGGUUUAUAUUGAGGACGUUCUUGUUUUGCCCAGUGGGGGCAUCGACCAAGAAUAUCUCAGAGGUGUUUUCAGUAUGGAUUACUUAUAUGGAACCUUGGGCUGUCAGUUUGGAUGACUUUUCAGAGCUUGAUGCUGUUGUUGAUGGAUCGUCUAGGAAUGGGAGAAAGGAGGGCUCGCAGCAUGCGGCCUGUGGUUAUACACCGUCUUGGCAGGGUUAUGUGCUGGCCAACUACUUGUACUACAGUUCCUUGGUUAUGCAUUUUAUUGGGUUCGCACACAAGUUUCUUCACACCAAUCCUGAAAUGAUAGUCCAGAUGGUUUUGAAGGUCCUAACUAUAUUGACAUCAUCCAAAGAGCUAAUGGACCUUAUAAAGAUGGUGGAUACUGCUUUUCAUUCCAAACAAGCAGGAUCAGGCAAAUCAAUGCUUAAUAGCUUAUAUAGAUUUGUUGCUCCAAUUCGUGAACAAUUGCUGGACUGGGAGGAUGGCUUGUCCGAGAGUGAUGCUGAUGGGUCUUUCUUGCAUGAGAAUUGGAACAAAGAUUUACAAUUGUUCAGUGAUGGAGAAGAUGGCGGGCAACAGCUGCUUCAGUUGUUCAUAUUACGUGCAGAAGCUGAGUUGCAAGCCAUUUCUGGUGAUAAUGGUGUGGAAAACCUCCAGUGCAUAGACUCUUUAAAAGCGCAGGUAGGCUGCCUAUUUGGCGGCCAUAUUGUAAAGGCACUGUCUUUUUCCCCAGAAGCAAAACAGCCUACGCAACACCGUGAUGAAAUAUUCAAGCCCAGGAGAGUUGGCAACCACACUUUGGGUGAUAUCAAAUACAAGGGUGACUGGAUGAAGCGACCCAUCUCUGAUGAUGAGGUUGCUUGGCUAGCUAAAGUGCUUGUCCUGUUUUCAGAUUGGCUGAAUGAGUGUCUUGGACUAAACCGGACAGAGAGCAGCCAAGCAGAUCCUACAUGGUCUUAUGUGGAAGUAUCAAGUGAUGUGUUGGGCAAUGUCUGUGGACCUGCUGACACGAUUAAGGCAGUGUUCGGUGCUGUUGGUUCUUGGCUUCUCAUGUUGGGCGUGGCAGUGGUGAGGCUAAUGAGGAAACAUGGUGUGAGGGUGAACCUCAGGAUGUUGGCCUCAAAGAAGGUUGUAAUGGUUUUGCUUUUGUCUGCUGUAUAUAGUAUAUUGAAGAAAGCUUUUGGACACUUACAUAGGGUGUAGAUUGGAGUUAGGUCAAUGUUGUUGAAAAGAAAGAAAAAAGGUAUAGAAGAAACAGAAAAAGAACGAGAAUUUUCUCUGAUGAGGUUUUGUUACACCGUCUGUUGACUUGUAAUUGUCACAUUUGCAUCAAGAGCACUAGAAUUAUACGAGUAAACCUUUACUGUGAUUUUGUUA